GGCUCAUCAGCGAGUAUAAAUCCGAUUUUAGACACUCAUCCUGGUAGAAAAACUAGGUCCAAAAAAAAGACUGAAACUCAGCGUGAAACUAAUAACGACCAGCAACCGUUCAGGGGAUUUUAGCUUGAGGAUAUAUUUUAUCUUUGUUUGUAUUUUUCUUAAACUUGUCAUAGGCUAAUCAUGGCAUUUCUGAUCUCCUUGACUCUACUGACAACAGCUGUCAUCACACAGGUGACUGCUAGCUGCCCAGCAGUGUGCAAGUGCCCUGACGAGCCCCUGGUUUGCCCUCCAGGAGUUAGCACUGUGCCAGAUGGAUGUGGGUGCUGCAAGGUGUGUGCUGCACAGCUUAACCAGGACUGCAGCACCACGAGGCCCUGCGACCACCACAAAGGGCUGGAGUGUAAUUACGGCAACGAUGUGACCACGGCCUGGGGCAUCUGUCGAGCAAAAUCAGAGGGACGCACAUGCGAGUACAACGGCAGGAUCUACCAGAAUGGCGAGAGCUUCCGUGCCGGCUGUAAACACCAGUGUACCUGCAUCGAUGGCGCUGUUGGCUGCACUCCUAUUUGCACCAACAAGCUGCCACCGGCCUCUCCAUCCUGCCUCUACCCACGGCUGGUCAAGAUACCCGGGCAGUGCUGCUUCAGUGUGGACUGCCAUAAGGGUACCUGGCGGCUGCCACCUAAGUAUCGGGUGCCUCCACUACAACAACACCUGCCCAGACGUCAGCACCAGCCUGAAAAAGAGCUGGCCAACCAGCUCCCCGACGCCAAGUCCAGCGGCUGGGAGAGGGAACAUGGCUACAAACACCUGUCUGUGUGGCACCAUCUGAAGGAGAAGAAGUGUCCAGUCCAGACCACUGACUGGUCCCACUGCUCCCGCAGCUGUGGGAUGGGAGUUUCUUCUCGCAUCACCAACAAGAACCCUCAGUGCAAGCUAGAGAGAGAGAUGAGGAUCUGUACCAUACGGCCAUGCCACGGCCUUACAGUCCCAGCCAAGAGAGGGAAGAAGUGCUCCCCGACCCAGAAAGCCCCCGAGCCUAUCCGCCUGUCCUACGGAGAAUGUGUGAGUCUUCGCCUCUACCGGCCCAACUACUGCGGUGUGUGUGCCGACGGUCAGUGCUGCUCGCCACGCCGCACACGCACUGUACCCGUGAGCUUUGUCUGCCCGGACGGCGAGCGUUUCCAGAGAUCAGCCAUGUUUAUCCAGUCGUGUAAAUGCAGCGAUGACUGCGGCCACCUUAAUGACGUGGCCCUCCCUCCACAGCAGUGGAUGUACGGAGAUACACACAAGUACAUAGACUGAGGAGCAUUUUUAUUUAAUUUUAAUAUGAUGAGGUCAACUUUGUUGACGCUUCAAGACUAGGGGCCAUUUUUCCCCAUCUGGCUCCAAAUGAGGGAAGGCCACAGGCACCCACCUGUCAAACAGCAAGGAGGACAGGCCACCUUUGUUUGAUCAUCAUCAUAAAAGCAACCCUACUUGUGAUAUUGUGUGACAGGAGUGGAUUGUACACUUGCACGCUCCUAAUCAAACAGACGUGGGACUGAAAUUAGAGCCCUGAAGCAACCCUGGACUUUUCAACUCUGGACUGACUGCUGGUUUGAGUGUGGAUGAAUUUUUUGAGGCCCUCAGACCAGCCUAAGAGAGGAAAUGCUACAAGAGCAACACAGCACUUUGUUUUUGCACAGACACUACUAUGACAGCAGUGCUUAAGGGUCACCUCACCUGCAACAAUAGCCUCAAAUACUGUGAUUUUGGAUGACUCCUUAUCCCACAAUGCACUGUAGCUACUCAGUGACAAGCAAAAUAUUUUUUUGCAGCUUUAUCUAGAAAGAUGUGGACUUUAUUAAAAAAUAUAUAUAUAAAAUCAGCACAGCAUGUUAUGUACCAACUGUUUUUUUGGCACGUUGACAUGAAUUUAUUCAAUUAUGACACAGUCAUAAUGAUAAGGAACACUAUCUGGAACUGACACAAGCGUUAAACUAGGACUGGACCAAUUUCUUGUUUGUGCAUUACAUGCAGCUUAGAAAAAUGUCUUACACAAUCAUGAACAUUUUUGGAUCACACUGUAUUCUGUAAAUAUAUUUUCCUUUAUUUGGAUCCAUGUUUCUAUUGUCACAUUAAUAUACUGUACUUCCAUGGAUGAAGACACUA